AUCAUGAUAUAAAUUGAGCUCUUAAUUUGUUUACUUUGACUUUGGGCAAUAUACUAGAUGUACAAAAUUACCUUAAUACCGUAGGUCAAAAGUAAAAUUAUGAAAGUAAAGACUAUCAUGCAGAACGAUCUCCGGUUGUAUUAAAUGCCCGCGCAAUUCGAAUUCGCGCCCAGCGCUAGCGCAGAUAGCUAGCUCGCAGCGAGCUCAUUUUGGAAACGACCACGAUCCGUCUUCACUACUUUCUCUGAGAUCAGCCAUUAUUAUUGUGUUGUCAAAUUUCGUCAAAAUCUGUUUCAAUAAUAGUUUCACCGUGUAUUCCAGCAGUGGUGAUUCUAGUGUUGUUUUGUCACCAUGACCAAGUUUAACUUUGCAUAUGUGAAGUUUCUGAGGGAUAAUUAUAAGGCUACCAUUCCCAUCACUGACAUCAAACGGUUUGAUGCGAAGUUUCACGAAGUGUCCAAGUGUUAUAUGGUGGCUUGGUGCGACGACGACGGGAUGGAUGUAUUCUACAAAGCCCAAAUACUGAUGUUGGCAGAGACUGAACUGGAGAUACAAAAGAGAAUAAGAGAUGGGCCUCGGAUGGCAAUUCCGAAAAUCAGAGACUCCUUGGUCGAGGAAACGGAGGAUGAGCAGGCACCAGAACUUGCUGCCAAACAGAAUGCAACAGACUUUGCAAAGAAGAAGAAAGAACAAAAUUCUGCAAUGGCAAAGGCCAACAAGUCGGCGCUGAAAGAAAUCAUUUCAAACAAAUUGGCCGCGAAGAGAAAGCAAGAUUCCUCGGAAGACAGCACAGAGAAGAAGCUGAGACUUGAGGUUGCGAAGUUAAAAAAAGAAAACCAAACACUUCGCGACCUCAACAGAAGGCUUCAAGAAGAAGUCCUCAACAAAAUUCCAAAAGCAUUGGUUCAACACAAGCCUAUUGCCCCUUCGAUGGCCUCCGCACGUUCUCUCUUCGGUGAUACUUCUCAAGCAAAAGCAACUACAUCAGUGGCCAGCAGGCCCAGCACCGCAUCCUCAGCCACCACCGCAUCCUCAGCCACCACCACAUCCUCAGCCACCACCGCAUCCUCAGCCAGCACCUCAUCUUCUUCAUGUCCUACAUCUCUCCCUCGGCCUACAGCACCCCAUACAGUUUCAUCCCCACCAAAGGAACUGGAUGCCUUGAAUACAGCAACAAAUUCCAGUUCUGUUGAUGGAGAGGCAAGUAUUUUUUUUUUCUUAUGCAAUAUGUCAUGAAAUAUGACUCAAAUGUCCUUGACUGGGCAUGUGCGGGCACUCAUCUGGCAUAAAUAGCAAUAUUCCAUCAACCACAUUUGAAAUUUUUAUUUGCCGUAAACGAUCGGAAAACUGUUGAAAUCUGGAUUGUUUUUGAGCGUCUUUGACCACUCCAAGAAAAAAUUAUUGAGAACGCGUCACAGGAUAAAAAAUGCGUAAAAUUGAAUUGUCAAUUUUUCCAUUAUUUUCAAAGUGAAUAAUUGAAUUGUUUUAUGCUGUUCAGCUGAUAAGAAUCCUGUCAAAUAAUUUUGAAUGUUUUAUUUCUUAUUCUGUUUGAAUUUCCAAGUAAAGAGCGCCCUCUGUGUCAGAAAUUGGUGCCUGCAUACACUAAAAAACCGUCAUUGCCAGGAAUGCACUUUCAAUCAUUUUCUAAAUUCUCACAGAAUACUCUACAAUGUAAAUUGGAUAAACAUUAUACAGGGUAUAUAACUUCAGAAUUAUUUAUUUAGGUUUCAGAAAACAUUUAUUUCUCAUCUGAAGAUGCAUUACUAUUACUGGAUAAAAUCGAAGUAAGCAUGUCAUGUAAUAAAUUUUGCAUAAUAAGGACAUUUCUAUUUUAUCUUCCUCUUUUCAGUAUGAGUUUCACUGAGAGUUUGAACAUGUAUGUAUGAACGUUGUGAUUUAUGUCAUUACUAAAUGAAAAUGUCCAGAUAAAAAAAAGGAAAAAAAAAGGUCACAUGACCUUGCUAACUGGCAUGUAUCAAAGCAUAAAGAAUACCAAUUAUGCAACAUUUCAUCCAAAAAAAAUAUUUUUUCUGAAAUAUUGCUGCAUUGCAUUAUUCUAAACAAAACAUUUAGAAACAUUGUCAAAAAGUGGACGUCAUAUGAUAGAAACAAGAGUUGGCAAAAUAAAACUAAGUAUACUUAAGUACACAAAUUUAGCACAAGAAAUGAAUACAAUACUGUACACAGUAAAAAAACCCUAAAAUUCACAAGAAAAAGCAAAUUACCUGUCAAGAAUGUCUUUUUCUCGAACAGUUCUUCUGCAAGUUUUGGCUUGGUGUAAAAAUUAUCCGUGUAGAGAUGAUAUCCCUUGUCGAGCAAAUCACCCCUUGUCAUGAGCUCAAUGACGACACCAUGUGCCUGGCCUUCUCCAUACCUGAUGUGGAACUCCUUUCCAGCAUAAAGUUCUACAUGCUGAACAUAUCCGUUGUCGUCACACAACUCGAACUUCUUAAAUGCCGAAUCUAGCAUGACGCUUAUUCGGCAUGUACUGAAUGUACGACAUGCGGUUCUUCAUGCCAAUCAUCGACUCAUCGAUGCUGACAUGCUGCUCGGGAACAUAGUGUCUCUUGAACGAAGAGUUCCAUCUGUCCAAGACAGGAUGGAUCUUGUUUCAUGGAUCAUGGCCGUCUUCUCCUCGAGGAACUUGAGUUUCAAGAUCGUUCACAUGUAACAUCCGAUUGACAAGCGUGAAGAGCCAAAAUGGCAUAACUUCAUUGAAGUAUGGGGUCCUCUGGCUUGCUCGAGUAGUCCAGUACUCUGAGAGUUUCUUCUUUUGUGUGAGGCCCAUGUUGAUUAGGAGGCCCAAAUACUUGUUCAAUGUCUCAGAUGUAAUGCCCUCCGCAGGCCACCGCUUGAAUCGUGAGCUUGGAUGCUCCCUCAUCCACGCAACAAUACUCUCAUUAGCAAGGAACAUUCUUGCAUACUUGUUGGUCUCUCUGACGAUGUGUGUUAUCAUAGCUUUAUCAAAGAACAACUCGAAAUACAAUACCGGGUCACUGUUCCGAGGUGGGGCUUGUCAGGGACCGGUUUGUCUCACCGUAAAGCUUGGCAUUGUCGCUGGGUUAUGAGCUGUCUCUGGUGGCUGCACGGGGAUCCACUGGCGGUUUGCGUGGACGUUUACCGCCGGGCUGGCUGGCCUUGCUGCUGCCUCUGCACCGCUGCUUCUUGCACUUUCACCACUUUCCAUGCUCCAAUCACUAUCGAUUUCGUCACUUGAAACAUCUUCCAUUUCAAUGUCCGAUCCUUCAAUUGUGUCAUCCAAAUUAUCGGGAAUGGCAAAAGUCUCAAAUAAGCUCGGUCGACCACCACCAGAAUCCGAAGGAGUUGAAAUAUCAGCCAUAAUUUCAAACUUUUUAGCUUUGUUUACAAUUGCUCAAAGUCGGACAUCGCACACUAAAUACAAUCAAUUCACCGCUCACACACACAGCUACAGUAUACGGUAUACCGGUACAUGCCAUGCAUUUCACACACACAUACGCAUCGUAAACAUACAUCGAGCUGAUCAGACGAACUUCUUUUCAACCGAGAACAAAAGAAAAAUCUUGAGAUUUGAAAACUCUUGUGAUUGGAUAAAUCCUGUUUGGGUUCCGUACAUUCUUUUAUUUAUUCAUUAUUGUUUCAGCCAAUCACAGCUCUUCUUACUAGCCCAUAGGCCGUGUCAAUACUGACCAGCAGCCAAUAAAAUAAUGGGCAUACCAAAUCGGCCCGUGCAUUCUGGCGACAGGCACCAGGCCGAUCUCAUCGGCCCGUGACACAUAUAGGGUUAAUUAUGAAAUUGUUGACGAAAAUGCUGCCUUCUGAUUGGCAGGAAUCAUUGGCCGUAAAAUAGAAGCCAGCAUGUUUUAUAAAAGCAGUUUUUGGGUAGUGAAAUGAACAUUUGGGAUUAUGAUCCUGAGGAGAACAAAGUGUUUAUGCAUGUUUUAUAAUAUUUGGAAGUUUAUUAUGAAUUUUAUUUCUAACACCUUUGACCAGACCAUGCAAAAACAUAGUACGUCCUGGCUCUUGGUUGAGCCAUCUAAAAAUACCAUAAAAAAUUACCAAUUAGAAUAUUUGUCAGUAAUUAUGCAAUUGAGAAACUACCAAAGGAUAUCCCUCCAUUUGAUAUUGCUUUAUGGGAAAGUGUGGUUAACUUAAAGACAUAUUUAUUUGAACUUGGUCACUAAUGAUACAAGCCAGGUUAGCAUACUCAUGUUGGUUUCGCACCAAGGUACAAUUGCUGAGCAAGCGUAUCCAGGGACCUAUGAUGUCUUGGUGUGAAAGCAUCAAAACGAUCGAUCGCUGAGCAAGAUCGGCUCUGUUUCUUUCACAUCGUACUCAGCUACUGAUGGAAAUGCCGUAUUGUCGAAAAUGAUCGGUCGCUGCGUACGAUCAGAGAGGUAGUUGAGCAACUGAUGCAAGCCUAUUCAUCCUUUGUGACAUAGUGAAUAAAGCCGUUUGUUUUGCACAUAGUGGAUGGGAUUGUAAUGCCUUUUCCGUGUUUUAGCAUCUCAGAAAAUAAAAUAAUAAAAUCAAAUAAAAACCAUUUUGACAAGCUAAUAGUCCUUCUCCAUUCUCAUACUUUUUAUUGCUCAAACAGUUGUUGUAUAAGCUUUAAUCAAUCAAUAUCUUUUUCACUCCCUUCAUUCUUUUGCCCUGCUCUUCACUUUGAUCUUUUGAUCAAUGCUCAACCCCUUCUCUUUGCUCCUACCUUAAAAAAAAAUCAUUUUAUGUGCUGCACUCGAUCGAUCUAUGUGUUUCAUGUAGCCUUAACGAUGGUCUCUUUCAUCAUGUACUAUGCAGGGUUCCCACAGUCAUGGAAAAUCCUGGAAAAAUUUGUGGUCAUGGAAAGUCAGGGAAUUUGGAAAAUUUGUGAAAAAGUCAUGGGAUUGCAUUUACCUCUUGGCUAUGGCAGCUUUCUAGUUUGUCAUGUCUUGCAACUCUCAUACUCUGUGAUCAUACUCAUGCAGUGUAAUCAGUUUGAGGUUGGUCUUUUUGCCUCGGAAGUCUAGCCUUUCUAACAGUUUGCACGAUAUGAAGCUGACAUUGGAUUUUACAUCCAAUAUCGCAUACUAUGAUUUUGACGGGUUACUGGCACUCAUCACCCAUACAAGAACGAUCAUAGACUUAGUGGUCCUUCCCUUGAAUGUCCUGAAGACUGCAGACCGAGGUGCACUUUUUGGUUUCUUCCUGCUGCUGAACUGGCAUUUUUCUGCCAUGAAUGGAAACGGGAUAGAUGUCUCCCUUCACAAACUGCACUAGAGCACCAUGCCUUACUCUUGCUCCUGUGGUUGCUGUACAUCCUGCAUCAAAAGCACAUCUUUUUCUCAAAGAAGAAUGCCCGCCGCUCAUUGAGGGUGAUGUUUUUGAACUUGAAACAAUCUUCAAUGAGAUGUUUAUCACUACAAUAUGGACAGGUCUUACCUGAAGAUUUGGAAGGUUUUUCUUCAGUUGCGAAAGUACGAGCAUGUUUUCCGCUUGGCUUUGGGUUGGCUGGCUUUUUUGCUCCCGCACAGAAGCACUGAGCUCUUGGAUAUUGGCCUUGUCUUCCACUCUCCUCACAAAAUCAACGAAGGCUAUGAAAGGAGGGUCUUCUUGUCUCCCAUGUCUUUCCUUGUAAAGAUCAAUUUCAUCCCUCCACUUGCUUUUUAGGUAUGAGGGGAUCCUUUCGACAAGUUUUGAGUUUUCUUGGGUAAAAUCCAAAAUCCCCAGGCUCUUUAUUGAUUUCUUUAUUGCAACGACAUUUGCUAAGCAGUCUAACAAAUCUUGAAGUCCGGAUGCGUCAUGGCUGUUGGUGCAUUGCCUACAAAUUCAGCUUAGAGGUAAAGGCUGAGCUCACAACCGUCAGAUUGCCGUACCGUCUGGAUAGAGUCUCCAGAGCUUGUUCAUACUUAUCAGGUGAGCCAAUUAAAAUGAAGUGCUGCACAAUUUCUUUUGGCUUCCCAGAUACGCAACUGUGUAGCAGAUUCAACUUGGCUCCAUAUCAUCGAGUGGUUUUAAAUGUACAGUAGAGGCAAACAAGUUUUACACAGAGGAUAGCUUAGUGGGUUACCCGAAAAUAUGGGCACAUCGACCUUUGGUAGCUGAGCCUGAAUUGAUUAAACACACCUUGCCCGAGAGAUGACUGCACUAGUUUCUCAAAUGAGGAAACAAUCUUAUGAAUAUCAUCAAGUGAGUUACUCAAUGUUUUGACGACUGUCCCAAUUCUAAGUAUGUAACAGCCAGAGUCUCCUCUCCUUGGCGAUUAAGAAAACAUUAAAUUCUCUCUGCUUCAUUUUCCU